AAAUACAUAUCUAAAAUAAAAUAGAUUUAUUCAAUAUAUACUUUUUAAACGUUCAUAAUAAGUAUUAUGUACAUGAUAUCGUAAUAAUAAAGCAUGGCACGAAUACAAAAACGGAAAAUUCUACCUUGCGCCAUGGUUUGGUUUCUGUGGGACUAACUACUACACUCUUCUAUGCUUUUGUGACGGUGGUUUCAUAUGCAUAUUAUGAUACAAGGAUGCUACAGCAAGAUUGAAUAUAUUUAUCCAAGAGUCUCGCUGCACACUAAUAUAAACAUAUUUCUGUAACGUUCCGGCUGACCAAAUUAUGUUGGAAUUAUUCAGUUAAUAUCAUAUAUCACAAGUUCGUUUUUUUUUUACGAAUGCAUGUUAACACCAAGACGAAAUAACAUUUCUCAACAGCUAUAGCAUUUGUGUUCUCAUACAUCUAAAGUCUUCUACCGUGUUUGCUUGUAUCUAUGUAUAAAGCAUAUUAUUGAAUCAUGAAAGCAGCGACAACUCUUCUCGUAAUAUUUAUUACUGUACUGGCUGUGGAAAAUACAGAUUCUGGCUGGUGGGGAAGAGCAUGGAAUUGGACAAAGAAAGCUAUUCGCCAUCCAAUUACAAAAGCUGUGGUUGGAAUAGGGGCGAAGGCUAUAAGUUUAUGGGACAAUAUUCGCCUUUUGAGAGACAUGGAUGACUUUGAAUUUGAACAAAUUCUUCAAGACGUGAAACAAAGCUUGGAAGCAGAUUUCGGAGAAAUAAAGACCAAACCAUUUCUAGAUAUGGUUGUCAGUGCACGAAAUCUCAGUGACGAUGAAUUCUUUUCGCUGACUGUGGAUGACUACAGAAUGGUGUCGAAUGGCAUGAGAAAAGAAGACGUGGAAAUGAUGGAUUCUUUCAACCAAAUGCUCGGAAAAUUGCUUUAACUCAUAAUAUUAUAAUACAUUGAACGAUGAUUUAGAAAAAAAGAACUCUUAUACUCGGUAGCAGACAACUCUCUAUUACUGUAUUACUGGAUGUGAUCUUUUUACAUAAAAAAUACUCCUGUACUUUUUCUUUUUCAAGUCUUCCGACUUGAUGACAUAUUGCAUUUAUGAUUUCUCAAUACCUCUCUAACGGACAUCUUUCUUAAAUCAUUAAGAAUUCUAAAGAAAUAUCAAACGUAAUUAUAGCAUAAAUUAGUUGAAUAAUUAAUAAAAUUUACACGAAACUGUGUGGGUA